AUUCUCAGCCUGCCGCAAAAAAAUUUCUUUCUAAAAUUUUUGGAAAAAUUGCGGUGAAUUCGAUCUUCUCUCUCUCUCUCUAGAUUAUGCAACCCUAAUCAAUAAAAAAUCCUCUUUUAAUACAAUUCAAUCACUGCAGAUCGAUCUAUCGGUUGAUCGAUGAGGAAGCGAGAUUUGGGGAUCCUCCUCCUCUCCGCCUUCGCCAUCUUCUUCUCUCUUCAGCACGGAGGCGAUUUCUCGUUCAAGGAGGCAUGGAUGCAUCCCACUGACGAUUAUCCCAUCAAGUACGACGCCGAGCGCCUCCCGCCUCCGGUCGUCGCCGAUCUUAACGGCGACGGGAAGAGCGAGAUCCUCGUCGCCACUCACGACGCCAAGAUUCAGGUUUUGGAGCCUCACAGUAGGCGUGUGGACCAAGGGUUCAGUGAGGCACGAGUCUUGGCUGAAGUGUCGUUGUUGCCGGACAAAGUCCGUGGCAUUGUCGAUCGGAGUUUCAGACAUGGGGAGAUAAGGAAGCAGGUGUUGGUCGUGGUCACAUCGGGCUGGUCAGUGAUGUGCUUUGAUCAUAAUCUCAAGAAACUCUGGGAGAAUAAUUUGCAGGAAGAUUUUCCUCAUGGUGCUCACCAUCGGGAGAUUGCAAUUUCCAUUAGCAAUUUCACGCUGAAGCAUGGAGAUAGCGGGCUGAUUAUUGUAGGAGGGAGGAUGGAAAUGCAAUCUCAUAAUUCCAUGGAUAUGUAUGAGGAAGCUAUGAUAUCGGAGAAGAUGGGUGAUGUGCAUCGAAGAAGUGCUAGUGAGAAAGAGGAUUCUGGGAACAGCGCAACUGUGGAUCUCCGCCACUUUGCAUUUUAUGCUUUCGCUGGCCGCACUGGUACAGUUCGAUGGACAAGGAAGAAUGAAAAUAUCCAGGUGCAGCCGUCAGAUGUACCACAGACGAUUCCACAACAUAACUACAAGCUAGAUGUUCAUGCUUUGAAUAGUCGCCAUCCUGGAGAGUUUGAAUGCAGAGAAUUCAGGGAAUCAAUUCUGGGAGUGAUGCCUCAUCAUUGGGAUAGGCGUGAAGAUACAUCUCUACAGCUAGCACACUUUAGAAGACACAAGAGAAAAUCCUUGAAGAAAACUCCAGGGAAGGCAGGUAAGCAUCCUUUCCAUAUGCCUGCAGAGGACAACCCGCCUGGGAAGGAUUCAUCCAAUAAAAUUUCAAGCGUGAUUGGGAAAGCUGCAAAUAUGGCUGGCUCAGUGAGAUCCCAAAAGAGAUCACUUUACAUUCCUACCAUAACUAAUCACACUCAACUUUGGUGGGUUCCAAAUGUUGUGGUUGCGCAUCAAAAGGAAGGGAUUGAAGCUGUUCAUCUGGCUUCUGGACGGACAAUAUGCAAGCUUCAUCUACCGGAAGGGGGACUUCAUGCUGAUAUUAAUGGUGAUGGGGUUUUAGAUCAUGUUCAGGUUGUUGGGGGACAUGGUGCUGAACAAAGAGUGGUGACUGGUUCUAUGGAAGUUUUGAAACCCUGCUGGGCAAUUGCCACAUCUGGAGUACCUGUACGAGAACAGCUUUUCAAUGCUUCUAUCUGCCAUCAUGCACUUUUCAACUUAUUCCAGCAUGAUUCUAGAAGUUUUGGUAGGAGUGUUGAUGUAGGCACCUUGGAGGUGGCAACCCCUAUUUUGGUUCACAGAGAUGAUGGGCAAAAGCACAAGAGAAGAAGUCAUGGCGAUGUUGUAUUCUUGACAAACCGAGGAGAGGUAACCUCAUACUCCCCGGGCUUGCAUGGCGAGGGUGCCAUUUGGAGGUGGCAACUAACAUCUGGUGCAACUUGGUCGAAUCUCCCAUCUCCAUCAGGAAUGAUGGAAGAUGCAGUGGUUCCCACUUUAAAAUCCUUCCGCCUUCGCAUUCAUGAUCAUCAUGAGGUGAUAAUUGCAGGCGGAGACCAAGAAGCCGUCAUUAUUUCCCCUAGGGGAAGCAUGUUGGCUACGAUCGAAUUGCCCGAGUCUCCGACUCACUCUUUAGUACUGGAGGAUUUCACCGGCGAUGGACUCACUGAUAUUGUUCUCCUAACUUCUGGAGGAGUUUACGGAUUUGUGCAGGUCAGGCAGCCCGGAGCUCUAUUCUUUAGCACUCUCGUCGGUUGCCUGAUCGUUAUCAUGGGAGUCAUAUUUGUUUCCCAGUAUCUGAAUUCUGGCGGGAAAAGCAAACCUAGGGUUUCAACUGAAUACAGGUGAAAAAUCCAAGGGCUUCAAAUGAGCCCUUAAUGUACGAACACAAGGGGAGAGCAAGCAUAGGAUUAUCUGUCUGUAACUGUACACUAACAUAUUAGUCUAGUUCAUCACCCCUUCUGGAAAAGGGGAAAAAAAAAUUCUUAUUAUUGUAUCUGUAGCUAAACUUAACCAGAAAAAUAUUACAACAUCCUACUAUGCAUUUCUUUCAUUGAAUAAUUGUAGUGCAAGCUUGAGAAAGUAGCCGUAUGCAGCGGUGGUA